UGGCUCUAACGAAGCUUCUCUGGGAAGGGGUAGACGCGUGGGUGGUGGUUGCCUGCGGGAUUGAGCCACGCGUCAUGUGACCGGAAGGGCUCCUGACGGACGCCGUCCCUCCUCCGCGCGGCCUGAGUGCCCGGCCCGACCCCGGCCAUGGGGUGCUGCUACAGCAGCGAGAACGAGGACUCGGACCAGGACCAAGAGGAGCGGAAGCUGCUGCUGCCUAGCAGCCCCCCAACCAAAGCCCUCAAUGGAGCUGAGCCCAACUACCAUAGCCUGCCUUCUGCUCGCACAGACGAGCAGGCCCUGCUCUCCUCCAUCCUUGCCAAGACAGCCAGCAACAUCAUCGACGUGUCUGCUGCAGACUCCCAGGGCAUGGAGCAGCAUGAGUACAUGGACCGGGCAAGGCAGUACAGCACCCGCCUGGCCGUGCUGAGCAGCAGCCUGACCCAUUGGAAGAAGCUGCCACCACUGCCGUCUCUCACCAGCCAGCCCCACCAAGUGCUGGCCAGCGAACCCAUCCCCUUCUCUGACUUGCAGCAGGUCUCCAGGAUAGCUGCUUAUGCCUACAGUGCACUUUCUCAGAUCCGUGUGGAUGCAAAAGAGGAGCUGGUUGUACAGUUUGGAAUCCCAUGAAGAGAGAAGGGGCCUUGGACAGCUCUUCUUCUCCUCCCUUCACCCCAUCUCCACCCUGCGCCUGCCCUGGCCCCCAGCCUCACUGCGGCUUAUACAGUACCCUAACCUGCUACUAAUCACACAGAAGAAUGUGGAGGAGGAGAAGAGUAAGGCUAAAAGCCUGAGCAAGUGAGGAUGGAACAAGGGAGGGUAGAACCAUUUGGGACUGGCCUUUGAAGCCUGGCCAGGGGUGGGGUGGAGGUCAAAGGGACUCAUCCUGGUAGGUCCUUACUGUCACUGGGAAGGUGGAGGUACACAGGGAGUGAUCACUGGAGGUCUGUGGGUGUCCACUUCCCAUUUUCUCUUGGCCUCACUCCUGUUCCCCUCUCCUGACUUGGUGCUCACUUGCACCUCACUAGGGUUUGUGACCAGGGUCUGGACAAGCUUGAAUUUGAAUGAAUUAAGUUUGUAUUUCUAGCACCCUGGGUUUUUACAUGUUUGGGGGUUUUUCUUUGCUUUUGUUUUGGUUUGUCACCCGCGAUAAAGGAAGUAUAUUCAUCUG